AUGCAGAUCUGGCGAAAACACUUUGACUGUCUCUUGAACAACCAUUCAGAGAUCGACUGGCCUACAUUGAACGGCCUGAAGCAGCACGAUGUGACGGCGAGUCUGGCGGACACGCCGACACUGGAUGAGACGCAGAGUGCACAUGCUCAGCUGCGAGACGGUAAACGUGCCGGAGCCGACGGGAUCCCGCCUGAAGUAUUGAAACACGGCGGACCCGCGUUGUUGACAGCGUUGCACCACUUGGUGCAACGUGUAUGGAUUGAGGAGGAGGUGCAUCCUGAGCUGAAGGAGGCCCUUGUGCUACCACUGUAUAAGGGUAAAGGGAGCAAGCAAUGUUGCACGAAUUAUCGUGGCAUCUACUUGCUGAGUUGUGUGGGCAAGGUGAUUGCCCGAAUCCUGCUCUACCGCCUGGUAAGUCAGGUUGUGGAACCGAACGUGGCGAAAGAGCACUGUGGGUUCCUUUCGGGUCGCAGCAUUAUAGAUAUAGUGUUUGCAGCUCGUCAGUUACAGGAGAAGUGCAGAGAACGACACCAGCCGUUGUAA